UCCUCCUCCACCACCAUCUCCUCCUCUUCCCGUCCAUGGAUUCCCCGCACCAUUACUCGCCUACACCUCCGUCCGCGCCUCCCCUUCCCUCGACCUCCUCCUCGUACCCUUCCAUUGACUUCUCCGACCUCCCCGACGAAGUCGACAGCCCCAGGCACUCCUCCUCCAAGGCCACCCUCCUCCGCGUCCCCGGCGCAUUCCUCCACCUUGUCGAUAAGCACCUCAGCGUCGAGCUUGCCUCCGGAGAGCUCUCCGUCGUCAGCCUCCGCCAGAGCGACAGCUUCGUCGCUGUCCUCGUUCGCGUCGGCGGAUCCGAUGACCCCGAUGCUGUCCAGUGGCCCCUUACUCGAGAUUCUGCCGCCGUCAAGCUCGACGAAUCGCAUUACUUCUUCUCCCUCCGCGUCCCCGGCGGCGACGUAGGGCACUCGCCCGACGUGUUCAGUUACGGCCUCACCUUCGCCUCGAAGGGGCAGGAGGACCUCCUGAGGGACUUCGAUCGGAUAUUGGAGACCUACGGGAGCUUCUCGGUUCAGAAAGUGAAAGGGGCGGCGGAGGCAGUGGAUGGAUCGGUGGCGGGGGAGGUGACGCCCGCGGAGGCGAUGCAGGAGGCGGCGAUGAAGGAGAUGAUGGAGGAGCGAUCGGCGGCGUAUUGGACGACGCUGGCGCCCAAUGUGGAGGAUUACAGCGGGCUGGUGGCGAAGGCCAUCGCGGCAGGGUCGGGCCAGGUGGUGAGGGGGAUUUUAUGGUGCGGGGAUGUGACGGUGGAGCGGCUUAAGUGGGGGAACGAUUUGCUCAAGGAGAGGAUGGAGCCGAACACGAACGCCCAGGAGAUCACCCCGGAAACCUUGGAGAGGAUCAAAAGGGUCAAAAAAUUCACCAAAAUGUCAGAGAAGGUUGCAACAGGAGUGUUAUCUGGGGUUGUCAAAGUUUCAGGAUAUGUUACAUGCACAGUUGCAAAUUCCAGAGCAGGGAAGAAGUUUUUUGACAUGUUACCUGGAGAAGUUGUUCUUGCUUCUCUUGAUGGAUUUGGCAAGAUAUGUGACGCAUUUGAAGUGGCUGGAAAGAGUGUUUUAUCUACAUCUUCAGUUGUGACCACUGGACUUGUAUCUCACAAGUAUGGAGAGCAAGCAGCUGAAGCAGCAACCGAAGGUCUUGAUGCUGCAGGGCAUGCUGUGGGUGCCGCAUGGACUGUGUUCAAGAUCAGGAAGGCUGUUGACCCCAAGAGCUCCAUUAAACCCCACAUCAUCACCAAGACUGCAGUAAAAGCUAUGGCGGAUGAUCUAAGAGCUAAGCACGACAAGUAGACUUUCUAGAAAUCCUCAUCUCUAUUAGUCUUUUACUUGGUCAUACUUUGUUCUAAUUCUUUAUUUUUUCUUCAAAUUUCAUCAUGAACCUGUGAAAAUUCAAAUUUGAUAUAAAUAAAAAUGUUGUCUUGGUGAUUCUCAUAAUCUUUUGUCACCGAGUAAUUAACAUAGAUGCUAUAUUUGUGCUGCUAUCUCCAUCUUCUAAUAUAAUUGGUUUUUCAUUUAUAUAACUAAAAUGAAUUGCAAUUACUUCAUACAGAAGAUUAAGAUAAGAACUAUAGGGAGUUUUUCAGUAG